AUGCUUACAGUUACAGCAGAUCUGACUGCUCUCGAGCUAGUUAGCUCAUGCCAGCAGAUUCGUGUGAACCAGUCAACUCCUGUAUCUGCAGCUGGCUUGAUUAUUUGACUUUCGCAGCCACUUUAGGGUUUGGGGCAUGGGUACAUAUUGAGGGUAUUGGUUGAUUAAUAUCUGACCAUUGUCACGUUUUGACUAGCGUUGGAGCGUCAUUGUGGAAAUGAAAGGUCUUGGCUAAUAGCGCUGUCGCGCGCAGGGAAGUGUUCACAGGUUCAAGUUUGUACCAUCAAUGAAGAGAAAAAGGGCAGACGGGCCGCAGCUCCCGCCCAUACCCCGUGGACUUUCUGAAGCUCAGGUACAGGAAAUGGUGAGCCAAAAAUUUUCUGAAAUCAUAAAAAAUCAGGACUCAACGCUUCAGAACCUGCAGAAGAAACUAAGCGAGAGUGAUGCAAUGAUGGAAGACCGAUUUAAACAGUUUAACGCUCAUAUCCAGAAGGUGAAGAGAAGAGGCGAUGCAGCCAUUGCGUAUAUGAAGCACCUCAAGUCUCAAGGAACGAUUCUCCCUGUGGGACAGAGUGCUGCCGGCGGUGCUGUCACCAACUCCAGGAUCAGCUGGGAAGGCAGGGAUUCUCCAGGCGUCUCCAGUGAAUCUGAAAGCCGAAGACAGCCUGUGGAGGGCUUCUGGCAGGCCCGGAAAGCCAAAAUUCAAACGGUGGACCUCACAUCAGAGGAAAUGUGUGAGUUUCCAGAAUCAAACAGGAAGACUGUUAAAACGCAGCCAGAUAGCUCGAUUUCUUUGAGUCCAGAAAAAUGUAACAUUUCUUCUCCACAACCCAUAAAACUGCCAGCAACUUAUGAUUCCUCUCAACACGUUACUACACCAUCUUCUCCUCGCACAUCCUCUCCUCUACCUAUUGUGAAGCAAGAGCCACAACUGCCUGCUGUAGCCAAAAAGAUAAAGACUGAAGAGGCAUCAUAUGAACCAGACUACCAGACUCCUCCCCCUUCUGUGAAGGAGGAGCCACAUUCUCCGAAGGCCAUUAUUGCAGCGAUAAAAAAGGAGGAGACGCCACAGGAUGACUGGAGGACGAAACUCCAGAGCUGUUUGCCAGACACGCCCUUUCCAGCAUCCUUACCGUUUGACGCCACCACAAAGAAUGUUCCCCAGAAACCCCUUCUGGUGGUGCGCUACCUUGAUACCAAGGACAAGCAUGGCAUCUUUGCCAAGGUGGAUGUGGAGCAAGUGGACCGCUACGGGGCCGAGAUGGACUGCUACCACGUCUAUGGUGCCCAGGAGGCCCUCGAUGGCACAAUCUCCCGUUGGCAGCUCGUCGGGAAUGUGAAGGCGACUCCCCUGCCCAUAUAUUUCCAGUUAUCCAUGAGCGACAGCAACCAGCGCCUCUUCUUCACAAUUGUUGGCAAAGACAAAUAUGGCCGAUAUGGACCAUACAGUGAAAUUCAAUUCAUCUGCAAGCCUACAACCUGAACAUUUUAAUUUCAGUGUGCUAUGUAAUUUAAAAAAAACAAAAUCCUCGAUUCCUUUUAAGUUCUUCAGUUUUUCACUUUCUGAGGUUGUUUCUUCUUUUUUCACUUUCUGAGGUCAUUUCAUUUGCAGUGUUUUUCAUGCAAAGAAAUUGUAUAUGAUUAAUAAAAAUUAUGAAUGAACCAUC